AUGCACCCGCACUCGACCGAGACCAAGUCUGCUGGACCCGACGUCGGCUUCAUCUUCAACCUCGCUCCCCUCGCGCUGCUCAUCCUCAGCCCCGCAUGGCGCAUCACGAGAGCCUCGGCGCGCUUUCUCUCCGACUGGCGCGUGUCCGCCGACGACUGCAUCGGCCAGUCCUUUCUUGACUUUAUCGAGAGCCAGCUGCACCCGCCAAGGCCCAGUCGGCUCGCCCAUUUGACCUCGACCAUCGACGAUGCCAUCGCCGCCCGCGCCGAGCGCACCACGAUACCCAUCAACACGAAGCACGGCGUCUCGUGGAAUGCGCGCGUCAUACCCGUCUUCAACCACGAUGAGCUGCUCUCCAUCGUUCUCGAGUGGCACGAGGGGCCCCCGGUCCACGUCUCGACUGACGAGCUGUUCAAGCCCGGCUUCUCGACCGACGAGGCCUUCCGCAUCCUGGUCCAGGCCGUGAAGGACUAUGCCAUCUUCCUCCUCGACACAAACGGCCACAUCGCGAGCUGGAACAGGGGCGCCGAGGUCCUCAAGGGCUACAAGCGGGAGGACGUCAUCGGCAAGCACUUUUCCAUCUUUUACGGCAAGGAGGAUCUCGACAUCGGGAAGCCCCAGAUGGAGCUCGAGAUCUGCCUCCGCGAGGGCCGGGUCGAGGACGAGGGCUGGCGGUACCGCCGGGACGGAUCCCGCUUCUGGGCCAACGUCGUCAUCACGGCCAUAUACAAGGACGGCGUGCACGUGGGGUUCGGCAAGGUGACGCGCGACCUGACGGAGCGCAAGUCGACCGAGGCGCGCCUCAUCGCCGCCUACGAGGAGAGCGAGAAGCUCAAGUCCGACUUCCUCGCCAACAUGAGCCACGAGAUCCGGACGCCCAUGCACGGCAUGCUGUCGGCGUGCACCCUGCUGCUCGACACGGAGCUGUCGGCGAGGCAGCGCGACACCGUCAGCAUCAUGGAGGAGUCCGGCCAGGUCCUCCUGCAGGUCAUCAACGACAUCCUCGACUACUCGAAGCUCGCCUCGGGCAGCUUCACCAUCAAAUCGGACAUUGUCGGCAUCACGAGCAUCGUGACCUCGGUCGUCCGCAGCGUCCAGGCCACGCUGCCGCCCUCGGUGCAUUUCGAGCUCUUCCUGGCCCCCGACCUGCCCAGGUCCGUGCAUGGCGACCCGCUGCGCUACCGGCAGAUCCUGCAGAACAUCGUGGGCAACGCGGCCAAGUUCACCGACAAGGGCAGCAUCAGGGUGCGGGCCGCGAUCGAGAGCGAGGACGAGACCAGCUACACGAUCCUGACCGAAGUGACCGACACCGGCAUCGGCAUCCCCGAGGACGCCUCGGCCAACCUCUUCACCCCCUUCACCCAGUUCGACGCCACCACGACCAAACAGUACAAGGGCACCGGCCUGGGCCUGUCGAUCGCCAAGUCGCUCGCCGAGCUGAUGGGCGGCGGCAUCGGUUACCGACCGAACCCAGACAGGAAGGGGAGCGUAUUCUGGUUCACUGCGCGGUUCAAGAAGAUCGGGCGUCUGGGCCAGAUGCGGGACUGGAGAAAACCCAUGUCGGACAGGGAAGACCCCGAACCGGCCGUGCCGGACGAGAUCGGCGCGCUGCAGGCCGAGCUCAAGAUGGUGUCCUCGAUCAAGAACCUGCUGGUGGUGGAAGACAACGUGAUCAACCAAAAGGUCAUACUGGGAAUGCUGCGCUCCAUCGGCCUCAAGAACGUCGACCUGGCGUCGAACGGGUCGGAGGCGGUCAAGAUGGUGUGCGGCAAGCCGGCCGCCUACGACAUUGUGCUCAUGGACAUCAGCAUGCCCGUCAUGGACGGCAAUGCCGCGACCAAGGAGAUCCGAUCUUCGGGCAUCCUGGUGCCCAUCAUCGCCAUGACGGCGUACGCGCUCAAGGGCGACAGGGAGCGCUGCUUGGAGCAUGGAAUGAACGACUACGUUGCCAAGCCGGUAGACAAGAAGCGCCUGAUCAAGGUUCUUGGGAAGUGGUUGUUGAGGAUGACAGAUUACCGUAAGACAUACGAUGAGCAGCGACGUGCGGAGUUGAGCCCCCCACCGACGGUAGCCGGACCAGCUGCAACUGCCGGCGCCGAGGCAAAGCAAUUCUUGUCCGAAGUCGCUAACGGGCUCGGUUCUCUCUCUGCAGAGGCUCGCCAAAUAAACCCUCCCGUCACCUCGCCCCAGCGUGCAACCUUCGAGGGGGCCGAUGAUCCGGGACCGGCAGUCGCCGAGGCACCGGACCCGAAAGAAGCAGCAGCAGCAGCAACAACAACAACAACAACAACAACAGCAACAGCAACAGCAACAACAUCAACAACAGAAACAGCAGCAGAAGUAGCCACCACGACAGAGAAGCGGGAAGAGGCAGAUGCGGCCGAUCAUCCAGGAAAGGAGGAGGAGGAGAAGGCGUCGGAUCCGGACACGACGGCAUCCGUCGAGACGGACAGGGGCGCUUUGCCCGAUGUGUCGGGCCCGCCGCCAGAUGACAAGGCAGUCGAGAAAACAAGCCAGCAGACCUUACAGGAAGGGCCACCGCUGGUGGGGAUGGAGCAUCCUCCACUGAGCCACAGACCCCUUCAGAAACCCGAGGAUAGCGAAGCCGAGGUCUCGUCUCCCUCGGCCGACCGCAUCGGAACAGAACCGACUCCGCCGGAAGACAGCGCGCACAUUGAAGGGCCAACCAGCUCGGAAACAGGCGCGGGAGCCGCUGCUAACGAUGGUGUUGAGCCUGUGGAUAGCAAGGGCUAG